AUGCGAAAAACCUGCCUCUUGCGUCUUGAUCCAAGGCUAUACAUGCCUAGUGACAUUGUAACCCUCAAGAUCAAGUUCCUGAAUAACCUCUUCAAUCCUAUCAUCACUAUUAUUAUCGUAAAUGAACCACCACUUCACUCCAAGCCAAGCAUGGUACAAAAUCCACUCGCAAAGAGCAGACGCCUGGUUCCAUACCAGCGUACACACACAAAGCUCCUAUUUGCCCUCACUCUUCUUCUUCUCCUCCUCCUCAGAUUGGAAACCAUAAAUCUUGGCCACAGAAGGCACAAGUACAUGCUCUUGAAUUCGAGAACGACCAUAGGAUAUGAUUCCAACAGUCACUCGUAUUCCUCAUGGCUUAUCCGGAUUAGCUUGUACACUCCGCGGUAA